AUGACCCUUAAAUUCUCCUACUUUGGAACCCGCGGUAUCGGUGAGCCGAUUCGUAUGCUUCUCACGGACCAGGAAGUCGCAUUCAUUGAUCAUCGCUUUUCAUGGGAGCAAUGGGCGGAUAUCAAACCGACAAUGAUAUUUGGCUCCUGUCCUUGUCUGACUAUGGGGGAUAAGGAAAUUGUGCAAUCUGGGACAAUUAUAAGACAUCUCGCAAGGAUUCAUGGACUCAACGGAACCAACGAGGAAGAAACCAUAUUCAUCGACAUGUUCUACGAGGGAGUCCGCGAUUUGCACGCCACCUACGCUACCAUGAUCUACCAGAACUAUGAAAACGGUCGCCAGCCAUUCAUUCAAGAUGUCCUGCCAGAACAUCUCGCACGUCUUGAGAAGCUCUUCCGCACCUACGAGAAUGGAGAGAACUUUGUAGCUGGCGCUAAUAUCAGUUAUGUGGAUUACGUGCUCUUCGAGGAACUUGAUAUUCAGAAGAUUUUGUCUCCUACGGCGCUAGACAGGACUCCGCAGCUCAAGAAGUUUCACGAGCAAUUUGGUGAACGGAAGAAUUUGACAGAGUAUUUGAAGAAGAGAGCGAUUAUGAAAACACCAGUCAAUGGAAAUGGAAAGCAAUAAUUUCAAUACACCUUUUGUUAUUUGAAAUUUUGAUGAACCGUUCUCAUACCCCUUCA